AUGCCGCAGGCACGCUGGUGGAACGCUGUUAUCGCAAGCAGUCGGCCUAGGACGUGGGAACAACGGGUGACCAGGUCCGCGGGGUCAGGGACGCUGGGAGGCAGAUCGUCCGCACGGCUGACGGUCGCGGAGACGGCAGUCCAGUGGCCGGCUGUCGGCAGAGCACUCCGUCGCGGCAUGGCAAGUGGUGUGCCCGGAAGCAAGAUCCUCACCGAGGACAAUGUGUUCACGAACCUCCGGAAAAUGGAAUACGCGGUGCGCGGGCCCCUCCUUCUACGCGCCCUUGAGAUCGAGAAAGAGCUCCAAAAGGGGGCCAAAAAACCAUUCAAGGAGGUGAUAAAGGCCAACGUGGGAGAUGCACACGCCAUGGGUCAACAGCCCAUCACCUUCUUGAGGCAAGUACUGACCCUGACAGUGUCGCCGAAUCUUCUCAGCGAUCCCAGCUAUCCGGCAGACGCUAAAGAACGGGCUAAGAUCAUCCUGUACCAGUGUAAGGGGGGCAGCGUUGGAUCGUAUUCAGAAUCGGCGGGAAUCGAGAUCAUCCGCAAGCACGUGGCCCAGUACAUUCAGGACCGUGAUGGAAUCUCCUCAGAUUACCAUAACAUCAUUCUCUCCAAUGGUGCUUCAGAUGGAAUCAAAUCCUUCCUAAAGCUGUUCAAUGAGAAGCUAGAUGGAAAACCAUCAGGAGUGAUGAUCCCAAUUCCACAGUAUCCUUUGUACUCUGCCACUCUAGCUGAGUUUGGCCUGGCCCAGAUUGGUUACUAUCUAAAUGAAGAGAACAAAUGGGCAUUGGACAUCUCUGAAUUGGAUAGAGCAUUAAGUGAAUCUAGGAGAAUAUGCAAUCCUCGCGUGCUGGUGGUAAUAAAUCCUGGUAACCCAACUGGACAAGUCCUCACACGCACCAACAUUGAGGAUAUUAUUCGGUUCGCCUAUAAGAACCGUCUAUUUCUGCUGGCUGAUGAAGUUUAUCAGGAUAAUGUGUAUGAUAAAGACAGUGCCUUUCACUCGUUCAAGAAAGUAAUGAUGGAGAUGGGAGAACCCUAUUGUAAAAUGGAGCUAGCUUCCUUCAUGUCUGUGUCUAAAGGUUAUAUGGGAGAGUGUGGAAUCCGCGGCGGGUACGGGGAAAUUAUCAAUAUGGAUUCUAAAGUAAUGGCAAUUUUGUUAAAAUCAAUCUCAGCCAUGCUGUGUCCAGGUGUCUUGGGUCAGGUGGUGAUGGACGUUGUGGUGAACCCACCUAAACCCAAUGAACCAUCCUAUGAGUUAUUCAUGAAAGAAAAAGAGCACACUUUGCGCUCUUUAGCCGAGAGGUCCAGAUUGGUGGUGGAUACACUGAAUAGCAUUCCAGGUUUUAAGGUUAAUCCAGCCAUGGGUGCUAUGUACGUGUUUCCACGAAUUGACCUCCCAAAGAAAGCCAUAGAGGCUGCAGAAAAGGAAGGCCAACAGCCUGAUGUCUUUUACGCCUUCAAACUGUUAGAGUCCACUGGAAUAUGUGUGAUACCCGGCUCAGGUUUUGGACAACGGCCAGGAACCUAUCACUUCAGGACAACAAUUUUACCGCAGAAGGAGAAAAUAAAAAUAAUGCUCGAGAGUCUAAGGCAGUUCCAUCUUAAGUUCCUUGCAGAGUACAAAUAAUGAUACAAUGGAACUUUUAUGCAUUUUAAUUUUAUCCUCGAUGUGCUACGGUCACGAUACGCGGAUCAGUAUUAAAGCUUAUGUGAGAUAUUACAUUAUCGUUUUGCAUUUUGUAAUAAGAAAUUACAAGAGAGGGGAUUUUGAGGUUAUGUUGGUUCGGUCAUCGGCACAAGAUUUGACACAGAGAGGAUAGAGAUUUUAUAUGAAUGAAAUUCAUCGAAAUAUUUGUAAAUAGAAUGAAUUUAUAGUUACGAUUAAGAGAUUGUAUGAUAUACGAAUCGAUGAGCUCCUUUCUUUUUCUUUUUUUUCCAUAAAAUGAGAAAUGCACGGUGGGUGUUUGCACAUGUGAUACAAGAUGAACAUGAUAUUAGUAUGUUUUUAUAAUACUCACAACGGUAUUAUCAGAUCAAUAUUACACGUUCGCGCUGUUUGCAUCUGAAAUUUGUGUUACAAGUAAUUUAUUUUGGUGGAAUUUUUAUCACUUAUAGGCAGUAUAAUAUGGAUAAAAAUGGUUUUAGUGUUUAUGUGCAGAUGUACAGACCAUAUACGUAAAAUGAGAUUCACCCACCAGAGGAGACUUAUGUGUUCACAUUUGUCCAAGAUCGUCGAUGUUAAUAAAAAAAUUACAUCCACUAAUCGAAAACUGACUUCACAAAAAAAA